AUGCGUCCAAGUUUCACUGGUCCAACAUCUUCAUCGAGAAAUUGGCAAGCGACAUACGAUCCGGGUACUGCAUCACCGAAUUCAGACAGUCCGGGAUACCAAGUGUUAGAUAGAUAUGUUAAUAACCCAACUGCAUCGGACACAAAUACAUUAGCAGGACAAUCACAACAACCACUGUCUGCAGCCGAUGGGGAGAAAAAAAGUGAUGUGAAGAAGUUAGCAAGCCAAGUAUUUUCUUCCCGAUAA